UGUUAACACGACACCAGGAAACAAUCAAGAACAGCAAACUGCAGGCAUCACUCCCGUAACUUAUUUUCACAGAGCAAACGAUAGACUUUUGCCAAAAUACCCAGGAGAACCAUACUAGCUACUUUUGGAAAAACGAAACAAAACGAUAGGAGUUCUUGGUGGAACCCGUUCCGUUCCUAGCAAAUCUCCUAUUCAGUCAUUAAAUCCAUGGCAGCAUAGCGAACAUGAGUGCCUCAACCACAUUUCCGGUCGCUGACAAUGCAAACAACAACAACCACAGAAACAAUAAUAAUGUCAGUGGCCGUCCGUCUCCCCCCCCGGCGAGUCUCGAACGAAAAUUCGAGUUGCUGGAACGACGCUUUACGCAACCGAUAGGUAUCCUCCACCAGAGCAAUAGCAACUCGGUGUCCCCCCAUCCCAGCAACGAACAUUCACAUUCGCACUCGAAUCUCUCCGAGCACUCUUUUAGCUUUCGGAGCAGCAACCAGUCGAGUUCUCAGUAUAAUUUGCAGCAACCCACCAUGACGAUAAGGUCCAAACGAAACAGUAGCAACAGCCUCCGGCAGAUGACCUCCCUGGACAUUGUCAAUCGUGCCGCAGCGGAGCACAUGAGAAAGGUGGCCUCGUCCUCCCCCCUCAACGGGCUUCCGGGAAGAACCACAAUGGCAGGGACCUCGGCAACAACUACCACCACGACGGGAUUCGCCACCAGCAACUCGUCGUGCUCGAGUCACGAUACGAACAGCCAGCAAACCGUGGUAGCAGGGAAUCGCACGCAACAGACGCAACAGACGCAACAAACGCAACCUAGUGCAGCCAAACCCGAACCAGCCAACGGUUCGGUAUCGUCGCCCCCAGAUCGGCGGGUGGUGGAGGAAUCCCCCCCGGUCCGGAACCUCGUUAGCCCAGCCAGGAAUGCGGGAAACCCCGGGGUGCCCUCGGCUCCACAAAAGCCAAAUGUGGCCCGUGCCCUGCCGAUCGGUGUCACGAGUGCAAGCACUGCCACAACCGCAGCCACGAGCGGCCUUCCGAUUCAACUGGAACAGCAAUCGUCCACUAUUGGCAGCGCUUCGGUACGUUUUUUUUAAAUUUGCUUUGCUUGUUUCUUUUUGGUUUUUGGAUUUCUUCCCUAAUUCGUUUUUGUCUAUCUCUCUGCCUCGCUGUAUCGUAUUCCUUGCUUACUCUCGAUUGGAACCAUACGUUUUCUGACCAUUGGGAAUCAAAAUUACCGAAUGUACUCGAAUCAAAUAUCACUACAGCAGAAACGAAAAUCAGUUCCAAAGCGCAAGAUUUCCUCCAUCAACGACGCGAUCGGGAACAGCCCAAUCCCGUCUAUUGGCCAAGGUGCAACCACCCGCUCUAGGUCUCCACACAAACAAAGGGCGAACUACCCAACAAACACUUCUAAUACAAAUACCACUACUGCUUCGAACGCAUUCGUCUCGGAGCACUCCCGCGAUCGAUCCAACAAUUCCAACCCGGCGAGUAGCUACAACAAAAAGCCUAGGCUUCUUCUCCCCCCCGCUAACAACAAGCGGAUCCACGAUUUUUUCUCGUCCAGCAAAAAGAAACAGCCCAGUAGUAAUGCUACAGCCUCCCACCAAGCAAGUAACAACAAUGCAACUAAUAACAUUGCCAACGGUAGUGGUGUAAUUUCCUUCCCUUCCCAAAUCCCCCCACGGACGGUUCCACCAAACUCUGCUGCUGCGGGAUCGUCGGCCUUGAAUAAAAGUAGCAACACUCCUCGCAACGAUGCAUCGGCUUCCAUCCACUCGGAUCCACGGAAUACCGCCCUCCCAAACAGGGCAGGCGAUGUCGGGAAGCAUCCAUCAUCUGUUUCGACGUCGACCUCCACUUCCGAGAACUUCUCGGCACUGCUUGCCACUGCCAACGCCUCCCGGGAGCAGUGGCGGGCCAGGUGCGCAGGCCUCCAGCAGAAGCUCCAGGACAAGGAUCAGCAACUCAAGGCCGUGACAGGAAACAAAACGAUACUCCACACGGCUCUUCAGCAAGCUCUGACAAAGACGCGGACCGAGCUGGCCUCGCUGAAGGAAUCCAAGGCCGCCUAUGACCAAAAGGCACGCUCGGUCCUCGCGGAGGCCCUCCGAUGGAAGUUCCAGAAAGAGGCCAAGGAACUCCGGGCUUCCCUGGCCGCGGAUGGGAACCGUUUGGGAAGGAUCGUGUCGACACGGGCGGGGAUGCGCGUCAUCGACUCGUGGGAGGAGGGCUGCGCAUCCAAGGACUGGCAGCUCGGGAAGGAGAAAUGGAAGCAGAAGCGUACGGUUCUGCUAGAAAAACAGGCGACCCUACAGAAGCGGCUGAGGUCUAGGGGUCAUCCAAAUCACAACGAAAACAACGACACCAAUAACAAUGGUGAUCCAGCGCAAAACAACAAAAACAACGACAAUUUCAUCGACAAUGCACCCAUGUCCCAGCUCGACGUCCAGGAGGCCCAAGAAUCCAUCCAGAUGCACCUGGAAGCUCUUCUGCAAGAGGAAAAGGAGCUCCUAUCGGAAGAGCAGGCCCUAAACGACGAAAAAGGUGCCCACAUCCGGGCCCUCAAACGGGUGGCCAGUGAAGAUGCCUCCCGCUUCAAGAACCGUGGCAAGCUCCACGAUCGGUACGUCCUGGAUUGCUUGCUCGGAAAGGGGGGCUUUUCCGAGGUCUGGAAGGGAUACGACCUGCUGGAGCUCCGGGAGGUGGCCGUGAAGAUCCAUCAGCUGGACCCUAGGUGGCCCGAUACAAAGAAAGAGAACUAUACCAAGCACGUCUCUAGGGAAUACGAGAUCCACCGGAACGUUCGGCAUCCACGAAUCGUCAGCCUGUACGACGUCUUUGAGAUCGACAACAACUCUUUCGCGACUGUUCUGGAAUACUGCAAGGGAACCGACCUCGACACACUGCUGAAACGGAAAAAGCGCCUCCCGGAGCGGCAGGCUCGGGCAAUUCUCUUGCAGAUUCUGACGGGGAUGCAAUACCUCAGCCAGCCGUCCUCCGACGGAUCCCGACAGGGGAUCAUCCAUUACGACCUCAAGCCCGGAAACAUCCUCUUUGACGAGUUUGGAGACGCCAAGAUCACCGAUUUCGGCCUCAGCAAGAUCGUCGACGCGCCCGAUCCGGCCGAAUCGAUGGAGCUGACCAGCCAGGGCGCGGGGACCUACUGGUAUCUCCCCCCCGAGUGCUUUGUGACGGGUGAGCAGGUCCGGAUUAGCAACAAGGUCGAUGUGUGGUCGAUUGGGGUCAUAUUUUACCAGAUGCUCUACGGCCAGCGACCUUUUGGAGAGGGCAAGUCCCAGGAUAAGCUCCUGGCCGAUCACACGAUGCUGAACGCCCAGGAGGUCCACCUUCCGGACAAGCCGUCUAUUUCUGAUGCAGGAAAGGAAUUCGUAAAGCAGUGCCUUACAUACGAUCAGGCCUUUCGGCCGACGAUUGCCCAGCUCUGCGAAACCCCAUACGUCCUGCAGAAGGGUGUCUGAUCAUCGGUGGCAGCUAUACACGCCGAAAAACCCAUGGAACCGAACGAAGCAGAACAGCACCACGCGAUGGCAAAACCACAAACGCGAAUGACUUAGACAGCAACAAAUGCUGCCUCCAAGUAAUGCAAAUUAAUAUUUAGAAUAAUAAAUGAAUAUACAG